AUGCCAGUGCUGUCCCAGCCCCGCCGCGCGGCCUCAGCCUCCGGCCUGGCGCAUCGGCCGCACCACCUGCGCCCUGGACUCCGCCGCCCCAACCUGGCCCCAGAUGCUGAAGCCCGCAGCCGUCGGGAGCAUGGACCGGCCCCGAGGUGCGCAGGACGCAGGGGGCGCGCGCAGCCCGCCCUUCCUACCCGCAACCUCCCUCGCCUCUGCCAGCCCCGCAGGCGCUCCGGGCCUCCAGCUGCGGUCGCCGCUGCUCCAGCUGCGCGCGGCUUCCGGGAACCUCCUCCUCCGCGCCCGUCGUUGCAAAAUUGGAGAAAGGAAAAAUCUCCAGCCGCCUUUGCUCUCGCAGGCUCCAGGCGGCUAGAGAGGCUUCAGAGCACCCUGCAGAUGGGUUGCUUCUCGCGUGCCCCUUGUGAUGGGAGGAUUAGGUCGCAGGCUCCACCCUACGUCAUCCUCCCAAGCUUCUCAAGCGUCUGGCGCUUGGGGUCACUGCCCCCAAGGAGGCACCUGGAGGGGGGGAUGGCGUCCACUCCGAUGGGGAAUGAGGGGGAGAAGAAGAGCAGCUGGCCAUCUCAAGCUGCACCCUCCUUGAGAGGAGGUCCGGCUUCGUUAUCUCGUUCUGAGGAAUACCUGUCCCGGAUCAGUGCAGAACUCAUGAAGGAGGCUUUGUGCACUGCUUGCUGCCACUUGAACCCUGUGCCCAUCAAAAACAAGCAGUCACAAGACCAAGCGACUCAGAUAUCCAAACGCGCAUUCUUCACCAAGACCUGAGGCACAGACACCUGGUGAGUGAGGCUUCAAGGGAGAUGCUCUUUGUCCUGGGAGAGAGAACAUGCCUCAAAACUACUCUUUUGCCACUCGUUAACCACUUCCGUUUGUGGGGACCUCCUGGUCAUGAGCAGCAUCAUCCCAAAGCCUUCAAAGUGUUCUGGAUUCAUCACAGGACCCUCCAGCCUCAGCCAGCAAGGAUACCACCAGGAAUGAAAGUGCUUUAAUAAAGAGACAGGGUGUGCAUUGCU